AUGGUCAACAAACGUGCUACCGAUCCAGAACGAGCGGACGACGGGUUGAGGCCCAGAAGAAAGCAAAAGUUGUCUGAUGAUCAACUCCGGCGGAAGCGAGCAUCGGACCGUGAAGCUCAACGCGUGUCCAGAGAGAAGACCAGGUGUCAUGUGGCCCAUCUUGAAAGCAUCAUUGAAGCUCUUCAAGCCGGUCAAGAUGAUCGCGUGCACCUUCUAAUUGAGCAAGUCAGCCAGCAGAAGACAGAGCUUUCACGUCUCAAGAAUGCGCUGAAUUCUAUCUUCAAGAUCGCUGAAGUCAGCAGACAGACGACUGACUCACUGCCAGUACAUCGAUCCAGAUCGAAUUCGACGCAGGAGCAUAAUGCAGGUGAUCUUCUGGACAGCAGAGCAGAGAAGGUUGCAGCACCUCUAGCUUCUCAGUUUCGCAGCAAUUUGGAGUCUGGUCAACAAGCUCAGCCGCCGGUGCUUACCGCGGGCGUUACAGAGCUUACAGCAAGAGCUCCUACGGACACAGAGCUGGAGUAUCCUAUAUCGAUCGCGCAGCUUGCUUCCAGCAUCAUCAAGAGGAAAGACCUGGACGGUCGCUAUUGGUUCCUAGCCGGAACUCUGCUCAGUCAUCUCCGCAAGACACGGGGCGAAUACCCGCUAUCGACAGCCAGCGACGAGGACAUCGUGAUCAGAGCCAUAUUCGAAGGCUGGUCAGCCGUAAUCGAGAGGUAUCCGCUCGACCGAGGUUUUCAGUGGUUGAAGGAGCUCGAUGAGAACAUAUACUUUUCCGGUACGGCAGAAGGCCGCCUUGUUCACCUGCGUAACAGCCGUUUGCAAUUCCUCCAUCAAAUGCAACCCGAUGCGGGGUGGAACCAUGCGCUGCCAGAGUUCUUCGCACCAGGUCCAUUACAACAAAACAUGGAGCAUGAUCCACUUAUAGAGUAUUUUCCUUGGCCCGGUUUCCGUGAAAGGGUUCUCUUCUCGCCCCGCCGCUACGCAACUGAUCAAUUCAUGGGAGCACUGGCACAGAAUGCGAGGUUUGAGUGGCCAUACGAUCCCCAUGACGUGUUUAUCAAGGAUCCGGUCAGUGGUCUUUACAGCUACUCGGCAACAUUUCAGCAGAAAGUCAUGGAUUUCUCGUGCUACACAGUCAAAGAGUCUUUCUUUGACUGCUUUCCUGAAUUGCGUCAGGACAUUCCUCAGUAUGGUGUCCCAGCUGUUGUCAGAUCAGUCUGUCUUACGGAUGAGUCUGGAAGUCCAGACACGGCGCGACACGAACAUAGCUUCCCAUGA